AUGAAAGGGUUGAAAGACAAAGAGAAAGAAGAAGAGGAAGAAGAAGAAGAAGAAGAUUUAAAGGACCCACCAGAAAACGAAGGAACCACCAACACCUCCAGAGACGAUGAACCAACCCCUCCACCGAGAGCUUCUACGGAGGUCAACGGCGCUCCACUUCUCCGGCCAACUGCAAUUCUCCGGCUACUUCUCGAGAGUUGUUCCACAAGUUUCCAUAAAUCCUGCCUAAUAUUGGAGAAAAAGGGUGGCUUGGCAUCCAUCUUUGCGUCACGUAUCAACCACCAAUCUACCACCCCUGCACCUUGGCAUCUCUCUCAGCUCACGUUCACGUGGUCACCAAAGCAAACCACCACCACCACCUCACCUUGGUAUCUUAACAGAUAA